AUGGAGAGGAGAGUGAACAGAAGCAGAAAGGGUGGCAGGAAAGGGAAAAACAAGAGUGAAGUCGAACAUGGUGAAAAGAGAAAGAAGGAAGGUGGUGCUGAGACGAAGAAUUCAGAUAUAGCCAUUGAUGGAUUUAGAUUUCUGGGUAGAGAAGGACGUAACGAAGGUCCGAGACUCCUGGACCAACGGAAUGCAGUUGGAAAGCCCUAG